AUGUGGCUCAGCGUCUUUACAGCUUUCCUUUCCUUCACAGCAGGUGCUUGCUCGGGGCUGAAGGUGGCAGUGCCAUCACACACCGUCCAUGGCAUCAGGGGCCAGGCUCUCUAUCUCCCCGUGCACUAUGGAUUCCACACUCCAGCAUCAGACAUCCAGGUCAUAUGGCUUUUUGAGAGACCCCAUACGAUGCCCAAGUACUUGCUGGGCUCUGUGAACAAGUCUGUGGUUCCCGACUUGGAAUACCAGCACAAAUUCACCAUGAUGCCACCCAACGCCUCCCUGCUCAUCAACCCACUGCAGUUCACCGACGAAGGCAACUACAUUGUGAAGGUCAACAUCCAGGGAAACGGAACUCUGUCAGCUAGUCAGAAGAUUCAAGUCACGGUAGAUGAUCCUGUCACGAAACCAGUGGUGCAGAUUCAGCCUUCCUCUGGGGCUGUGGAGUACGUGGGAAACAUGACCCUGACAUGCCUCGUGGAAGGGGGCAGCCGGCGGGUUUACCAGUGGCUGAAGAAUGGGAGGCCUGUCCACACCAGCUCCACCAACUCCUUCUCUCUUCAAAACAGCAGCCUUCAUAUUGCUCCAGUGACCAAAGAAGACAUUGGGAAUUAUAGUUGCCUGGUGAAGAACGCUGUCAGUAGGAUGGAAAGCGACGUCAUUGUGCCUACCAUAUACUAUGGACCUUAUGGACUUCGAGUUAAUUCUGAUAGAGGACUAAAAGUAGGGGAAGUGUUCACUGUGGAUAUUGGAGAAGCCAUCUUGUUUGAUUGUUCUGCUGACUCUUAUCCUCCCAACACCUACUCCUGGAUCCAGAGGACAAACAAUGCCACAUAUGUCAUUAAGCAUGGGCCUCGCUUGGAAGUUGCAUCCGAGAAAAUAGCCCAGAAGACAACUGACUAUAUGUGCUGUGCUUACAACAACAUAACUGGAAGGCGAGAUGAAACUCACUUCACCAUCAUCAUCACUUCUGUAGGAAUAGAGAAGCUUGCACAGAAAGGGAAAUCAUUGUCCCCUUUAGCAAGUAUAACUGGAAUAUCACUCUUUUUGAUUAUAUCCAUGUGUCUUCUUCUCUUAUGGAAAAAAUUUCAACCCUACAAAGUUAUAAAACAAAAGCUAGAAGGCAGGCCAGAAACAGAGUACAGGAAAGCACGAACAUUUUCAGGCCACGAAGAUGCGCUGGAUGACUUUGGAAUAUACGAAUUUGUUGCUUUUCCAGAUGCUUCUGGUGUUGCCAGGAUGCCCACGAGAUCUGUUCCAGCUUCUGAUGGUGUACCACGGCAAGAUUUGCACAGUACAAUUUAUGAAGUUAUUCAGCACAUCCCUGCCCAACAGCAAGAUCAUCCCGAGAGCAGCAGCCAAGAUGGGGAGGGGGGUGCCUGCCUGGACAGGCAUGAUGAAGCAGGUUUGCAGGAGCUGGGCCGUUGCAAAGAGCAGGACAAGGGUAAGCAUUCACAGGCAACGCAGUGCAUGUAA